GCGGAACUGUCUACGGAGCAGGUUGGUGUUAUGAUGUUAUUCAACCUUUUGUUUUGGUCUGAAUAUAUUUAGCACCAAAAGACCUGCGCUGACCUUGAGGGUCUUGUCAAGAUAUGUGACAAUGACAAGUUCUUACAAGAUAAUGUCGUGCUUUAGAUAUGUUAAUCAUGUGUUUUGUCAGUGUGAUUGUAUUGUAAAGGUUGGCAAACAUUGUGAUUAUUGUACAGUUUAAUCUCUGUUGCUAUUUUACUUUGCAGGUAUUGCAAAGAGACAUUCCAUGGGAGACUUACAUGACAACUGAGCUGAUCUCCCCGACAGGUCUCCAGCUCUUAAGGCGUUAUGAUAAGCAACCUGAGAGUGCAAGAGCUCAGUUGCUGGAUGAGGAUGGUCCAGCUUAUGUUCAUCUGUUUGUUACCAUCUUACGUGAUAUAUUCAAGGAAGACACUGUGGAAUAUAUUUUGGCUUUGAUUUAUGAAAUGCUCUCAGCGAACCCAACACGAGCUCGGUUAUUCCAUGAUCAAUCUUUGGCACAUGAGGAUACUUACGAGCCUUUCUUGAGGUUGCUGUCGAAGGGAAAUUGGUUCAUUCAAGAAAAAAGCUGCAAAAUCCUUGCCUGGAUAAUAAGUUCUAGGACAAAGGCUAGUGCUAUUGCUGAUGGAGAAGCUUCGGGUUCAGAGAAACAUAUUACUACAAUUGAUGAUGUACUCAAUGGUUUGGUGGAGUGGCUUUGUGCUCAGUUGAGGCAGCCUUCUCAUCCUACUCGUGGUGCUCCAGUUGCAAUCAGCUGCCUGUCCACACUGCUUAAGGAACCUGCUGUCAGAUCAUCAUUUGUUCAGGCAGAUGGAGUGAAGUUACUGGUCCCUUUAAUCUCCCCAGCAUCCACUCAGCAGUCUAUCCAGCUUCUCUAUGAAACAUGUCUCUGCAUCUGGCUUCUGUCUUACUAUGAACCCGCAAUAGAGUACUUGGCAACAUCUAGGACAAUGCAAAGGCUCACGGAAGUGGUCAAGAGCUCGACUAAGGAAAAAGUUGUCAGGGUAGUCAUAUUGACUUUCAGGAACUUGCUUCCGAAAGGUACAUUUGGUGCCCAGAUGGUUGAUCUUGGACUCCCACAUAUCAUCCACAGUCUGAAAACACAAGCAUGGAGUGACGAGGACUUGCUGGAUGCACUGAACCGACUAGAAGAGGGGCUAAAGGACAAUAUCAAAAAUAUGAGUUCCUUUGACAAAUAUAAGCAAGAGGUUCUUCUUGGCCAUCUUGACUGGAACCCAAUGCACAAAGAGGCCAACUUCUGGCGUGAGAAUGUCACUUGCUUUGAGGAGAAUGACUUCCAGAUACUCAGAGUCCUCCUCACAAUCCUGGACACGUCAAGUGAUCCAAGAUCAUUGGCGGUGGCAUGCUAUGAUAUCUCGCAGUUCAUACAGUACCAUGCAGCGGGGAGAGUGAUCGUAACAGACCUCAAGGCGAAAGAACGAGUGAUGAAACUGAUGGCUCAUGAGAACGCUGAGGUUACAAAGAACGCUCUGUUGUGCAUUCAGAGGCUUCUCCUUGGUGCCAAGUACGCUAGCUUCUUGCAAGUUUGAUGGGUGUUUCCAUGUUUUCUUUCUAUAUAAUGGAAAGUAACCCCCACAAAAAACACAGAGAUUGUGUUUCAUUUUUAGUCCUGUGGAUUUGUUGUUCACACCAAACCAAAACCUGCCUGCUUGUUUCUAUUGGUUCUACACUCCCAAGAAUCUGCUUUUGUAUGCUUAAAUAAUGUUUGCAUUGUAUUUAUUUAUUCAAUAAAAAGAGCUCGAGGAAUGCUCUUGUUACAGACAUCAAUAUUGGGCCGCUUUGUUUUAUGAGACUGUUGUCAGCUUAAUGCAGAUGAGAGAUAAUAUUUUUUUUGGGCGA